AAUCGUUUUAGUCAUCAUUUGGCAGUGUGAGGAGACUUCCUGAGGAUAGCAAACUCGAUAAAACGAACAUCAAAUAAAUCAAGAUAAAUGUUUAUGAUCUCUUCUAAAGCUCGCGUAUGUGUGUGGACAUAAGUUACCGUAUUGACAGUGUCUGUGUGCUGGUGUUAUUUGUUUUCACCGCGAUCAGGAAAUAGACUUCACAGGUUAACAUGAGUGUGGGUUUCAUUGGAGCGGGUCAGCUGGCUCACGCGCUCGUCAAGGGUUUCGCCGCGGCAGGAGUCGAAUGGCUUGUGGAAAGAAGCUGUUGCACAGUCUGGAGGCCUUUCUGCUCCCUGAGUUCUCUCCAGCGCUGGAUAACUGAUUUCUUGCCUGAUGGUGUAAUAGCCACUCACAGGAUAACAGCGAGCUCUCCAGACAGAGAUCUGCCCACUGUCAUCGGACUCAAAAAAAUGGGAGCAUACUUCACCACCAGUAAUAAAGAGACCGUGAAUAAGAGUGACGUUCUCUUCCUUGCUGUCAAGCCUCAUAUUAUUCCAUUUGUUUUGGAUGAGAUCGGACCGGACAUUGAAGAACGACAUCUCAUUGUGUCUUGUGCGGCCGGGGUCACCAUCAGCUCCAUAGAAAAGAAGCUGCUGCAGUACCGGCCGGCGCCGAAAGUCAUGCGCUGUAUGACCAACACUCCAGUGGUGGUGCGAGAAGGAGCGACGGUGUACGCUACAGGAACUCACGCUGAGGUGGAGGAUGGCAAACUCCUGGAACAGCUUAUGGCCAGCGUGGGUUACUGUACGGAGGUGGAAGAGGACCUGAUCGAUGCCGUCACGGGGCUCAGUGGCAGCGGACCGGCAUACGCGUUCACAGCGGUUGAUGCUCUCGCUGACGGGGGGGUGAAGAUGGGAUUGCCCAGAAGGCUUGCUGUGCGUCUGGGAGCUCAGGCUCUGCUGGGGGCAGCGAAAAUGCUCUUGGAGUCCGAGCAACAUCCCGGAGAGCUGAAGGAUAACGUGGCGUCACCUGGAGGAGCAACGAUCCACGCGCUACACGUGAUGGAGAGCGGAGGCUUCCGUAGCCUCCUGAUCAACGCUGUAGAGGCGUCAUGUAUUAGAACCAGAGAGCUUCAGCACUUGGCUGAUCAGGAGAAGAUUUCUCCAGCUGCUAUCAAAAAGACAACUCUGGAUAAAGUUCUUCAGCAGCCUGGUGUGACAGCAGCAGGUGUCGGGGUCCGGACAGGUCUCAGUCUCCUGAACAACCCGUCCAAACACAAGAAACACUGAAAAAAUCGUAUUGAAAACAUUACAAACUCUUUUGAAGUUGUGUAGAGCAUGCUCAGUUGAAAUGAUGUUUACAGUUCUGCAGUAUAUGCUGAUCCUGUCAAUGCUGUAUUGUAAACGCUAUGUAUUGGAUUCUGCAGCAAAUAAAAAAAUGUAUGGAUAU